AGCUGUGGUUCUAUCUGUAUCUGCCUGCCAGACUGUUUUGUCUGUCACCUAGGUACCCUGAUUACUAAAUUUAAGAUAAACCAAAGAGACAAACGUUAAAUUUCCAAUCGCAGAUUGUGGCAUUCACUAUAUUUGUUUACUUUUGGUGUCGUAUUUUUAUUUCGUUUAGUGCGCCGUGACGUAAGAAAACGUUGUUGAUGUGCCAACAGGGUUUUGUAAGGCUGUUGUAACGUAAUUUUGUUCGGAGGAAGUGACAUUUCGAAGAGUUUGAUUUACGUACAGUAACUUGGUGAUAACGAAAUUGAAAAGGUGUGGGUGUUUUUGCGAUGGAAUCGGAGCAUCAACCAAAAUUGAGUCCCGUGAGGGCUUUUCAAGUGCUCCAUGGGUGCAACUCUGAUGCUGAAGAGGCUUACACCAGUCUUUCCGAGUACCAUGACUACGAGCCAAGCUUGGAGUUUGAUGAUUCAGAGCUUAUCCAGACAUCAGGCUUAGCGCCCCUACCUCCAGAGCUGUUGGACAUACCAGACAAUCUUCUGGAACGUUCAGCAAGCGACGGCACGAUCGAGGAGAAUUUCGAAGAGGAACUCGCGAGGGCACCAGAAGUUUAUACAGAGAUCUCUUCGCUCGACCUCGAAGAAUCGUUCGCGGAACUCAACAGGACCGGGCUCGUCGAAGUGGUUGGGGACGAUGAGGUGGGACGCCGCAUCAUAGUUGUGUCAGCCUGCAGACUACCACCCAACAAGGAGCUACUACAUGACAAGCUACUCAGAUACCUCAUGUUCACUCUGGACAAAUACGUGGAACAAGACUAUAGUGUCGUAUACUUCCAUUGUGGAUUGACGAGCAAAAACAAACCGCCGCUUUCCUGGCUUUGGAGAGCGUACAAGGCUUUCGACAGGAAAUACAAGAAAAAUCUAAAAGCUUUGUACUUGGUGCAUCCUACGAACUUUAUACGCAUAGUAUGGCAGAUGCUGAAGCCGGCCAUCAGCGUCAAGUUUGGCAGGAAGAUGAUGUACGUCAACUAUUUACAUGAGCUGCAGCAGCACUUGAACCUGGACAAGCUUUGCAUACCCGACGCUGUCCUUGAGUGA